UUCGGCGUUCCGAAAGCGGCCGGGAUGACGAGCAGCGCCAGGUACAAGAGCAGGGCGGUGAAAUCAGAGGAUGCAGAGGAAAAAGAGUAUGUCGGCUUCGCCACCCUCCCGAAUCAGGUUCACAGAAAGUCGGUCAAAAAAGGCUUCGAUUUCACACUCAUGGUGGCAGGGGAGUCUGGUCUUGGAAAGUCCACCCUGAUCAACAGCUUGUUCCUCACAGAUCUGUACAAGGACAGAAAACUACUCAACGCUGAAGAGCGCAUCAGUCAGACCGUGGAGAUAAUCAAACACACGGUUGACAUUGAGGAGAAGGGCAUUAAGCUGAAGCUGACCAUUGUAGACACACCAGGUUUUGGAGAUGCUGUCAAUAAUACAGAGACCUGGAAGGCCAAUACUGACUAUAUUGACCAGCAGUUUGAACAGUAUUUUCGGGACGAAAGUGGCUUGAACAGGAAGAACAUCCAGGAUAACCGUGUCCACUGCUGCUUGUACUUCAUCCCUCCGUUUGGACAUGGGCUGCGGCCCGUGGACGUGGAGUUUAUGAAAGCACUGCAGGACAAGGUGAACGUGGUUCCACUCAUUUCCAAGGCUGACUGUCUGACGCCAGCGGAGAUGAGGAAGAUGAAGGACAGGGUGAGGGAGGAGAUAGAGAAGUUCGGAAUCAAAGUGUACCAGUUUCCAGACUGUGAUUCCGAUGAGGACGAGGAGUUCAAGCAACAGGACCGAGAGCUAAAGGAGAGCACUCCAUUUGUUGUGAUUGGGAGCAACACAAUAGUUGAGGUCAAAGGUCAGCGGGUGAGAGGCAGACUUUACCCAUGGGGCAUUGUGGAAGUGGAGAAUCAGUCCCAUUGUGAUUUCGUCAAGCUGAGGAACAUGUUGAUUCGCACACACAUGCACGACCUGAAAGACAUCACGUGUGACGUGCACUAUGAAAACUACAGGGCACAGUGCAUACAGCAAAUGACAAGCAAACUGACCCAGGAUAAUCGCGUGGAGAGCCCCAUCCCGAUACUACCACUGUCCACCCCGGACGUAGAGACAGAAAAGCUGAUAAAGAUGAAGGAUGAAGAGUUGCGGAGGAUGCAGGAGAUGCUUCAAAAAAUGCAGCAGCAGAUGCACGAACAGGACCUGUGAACGCUGCCCUGAGCAAAAACCGCUGAUUUCAACUUGUCUGCACUUUUACACAAGCAGACACAUAACACUUUAACAUCAUCACACUGAAGGAUUUUCAGUAGAUAAGCAAACAGAUGUAUUUGUAUGUCAAACACAACACAAAGAUAUGAAUGCAUGUGUCGAGCACUACGGUUAAAAGGGUCACUUCACCUGAGCCUGAUAUCUAAAACCAGGCUCCAAGUUAAAAUAUUUGGCAACACUAAAAGUUGUUUUCACACUUUGUACAGUCCAUGUGAUGCUGUAUGACUGUUUCCAUGGCAAAGACUGCUGCUUUAUUCACAGUAGACAUGGCAAAUGUUCUGUCUUAUUCUAUUGUUUUUUGUUUGCUGUUUUUGUGAUCUGUUUCAA